AUGACUAUCAAAUCGUUCUUCUUGCUCGGAGAGGACCCGUCCACGGCACAAGAAAUUGAAGUCGAUUUUACUCACGAUAUCGAUACUCUCAAGGAGGAUGUUGGACAAUAUUUUGGAGUUGCCAAACCGGAGGGAAUUGCUUUCCAAUCAGGAGAGACACAACUAGUUGAUCUUGCCGAUGUUGAGGAAGCAAAGUCACCCAUCGCCCUCACGAUAGACGGCCGCGAGGCAAGAGAGCCGCCUGGACCUCGCGGUAUCCCUAUCGCAGGUUCCUAUCUCGAAGUGUAUCCCGAUCACCUCGGUAACCACCAGAGAAUGUUCGAGAGUUAUGGCCCCGUUAUCAAGACCACAGACAUGGGCCGUACAACAUACUACACCAAUUCGCCCGAGAUAGCAAACAUCUGCUUCGCCGAAGGAGGCUACUGGGCAAAGAUGAUCAAUAAAGAUCAUCCACUCUAUCAAAUCAAAGAACCCAUGGCUGGUGUCUUCCUUGGCGAUUCCAAUACUGAAGCUUGGACGAUUGUGCAUCGCUUCCUUGCUCCGGCAUUGUCACCCAAGGCUAUUCGCCACUACACGCCACAGAUGCAGAAUACUGCCGAGCUGUCAUUCAAAGUCUUCGACGAGCUAGACGAGAAGGGAGAAGCAUGGAAUGUCUACCCUUACAUGUUCAAGAUGGGCUCGACUGCCAUUGGCAAACUGGCGCUAGGAAUUGAUCUCCACCACUUUGACAGUGUUGAUGCCCCACUCCACGAGCUUGUCCUCAAGGUCGGUCAGAAUCUUGAGUUGAACAAGAAAGUUUCGACUCGAGGAGAUUGGUACAGUCAUCUGCCGUUCGGCGAGCCCAAGCAGCUCAGAGACACCAAGGCUCGACUUGCCCAGCUUAUGCAAGAGGCCAUUGAGAAAUCGAAGAAAGAGGGAGCUGAGGACCUUCCUAUCGCUGAAGCUGCACUCAAGGCUGACUGCAUUGCCGACUACCUGGCCCGAGCUGUUGACCAGGAUGGCAACAAGAUGCCUGAGAAGUAUCAGAUCCCUGCCACUUUGGUUGCUGUCGGAGCCGGGUUCGUAACGACAGCUUCGCUCCUUUCUUGGCUGGUUUACGGACUCGUCCAAUAUCCUGGAAACCAGGAGCGUUUGUUGCAGGAGCUGAUCGACUAUGGUGUCCACGACAAGACCACAUGGACACCUGAUCUCGCCAACGCUCUGCCUUUCCUGGAUAUGUACAUCAAGGAGACGCAAAGAUUGCACAAUCCCAGUUACCAACCGGGUCGCACAGCCCUGAGCGACACAAUCUUGCCUGGAGGCUACAAGAUCCCCAAGGACUCAGUUAUGAUCGUAGCCAUUCAUCAUAUCCACAACAACCCUGAUGUAUGGGACGACCCCCACAAGUUCAACCCAGACCGAUGGUCAUCAAAGGCUGCAAAGAACAGACCCAAGGGGUCUUACGUGCCAUUCGCCGCGGGUCCUAGAAUGUGUAUCGGGUUCAACUUUGCUCUGCAAGAGGUCCGUGUUAUUCUGAGCGAGUUGAUCUAUCGCUACGAGUUCACAAGGGCUUCUAAUGAGGAGGUCGAGUAUGAUCCUAGCUUCCAGUUGAUCAGACCGAUGAACUUGUUCGUCAAGGCCAAGAGAAGAACGACCUGGCCUGAGAAGAAGGAGGACAAAAAGUGCAGGCUUAAUCUGCAAACGAAAAGAUAUAGAUUAGAAUAUACCAGUAAUGUCCAGACGUGUUUUGCAGAUCGGAAGAAUGUGCAAUGCGCUUGA